ACUCAGCGCCUGCCUCCGCUUCACUGUACGCACGCGGCCCACCACUCUCUCCAGUACUCGCGCUGUUCACCAAGAUGGCAUCGGUCUACGACGAACUGCUUCACAAGAACCAGCACCUCGAGGCGAGCGGCGAAAGUAUGACUCAGACGAUCCAGGAGCAAACUCAGGUCAUCAAGGAUCUGGCUCAGACGCUCAAGCUGCUGGCCAAGUCAGUUAGCAGCUCGCAAGAGCAGGUGCGCGCGAAGCACUUUGAGCUGCGCGAGAAGGACUCAGAGCUGAGCGAGAUGGCCGAGGACAUGCGCGAGAUGAACAAGGAGCUGCGCUCGCUGCGCGACAGCGACGCCUCGGCUGCGUCUGUAUCUUCCCCUCGCAAGAAGCAGAAGCUUGUGGCAUCCGACGAAGAGCACUAGUGGGCUUCGCAUCUUCGCGCUCUGAGCAGCCCGCCUCGCCGCUCGCCUACCUCACGUCCAGCUCGUCCAUCGACCGAGCAGGCGCUUGUACCAUUCUCUGAAGCCUGUCUCGCAUCGCCCUCGCUCUUCCACCGCAGCUGGCGCUUAUGUCAUUCUUUCUAGCCACUCUCCAGCCACUCAUGUACUUGUACCGCGCUCGUGCGACCCGCUUUCCCUUCCUCUCUCCUCUUGACCUCGCCGACUCAACCAUUUCUUCCUGCC